AUGGACCGUCCUGCCAGAGUGCAGGUCAAUCCGGAUGAUAUACCGGACGAUGACAAGCCGCCACAAACCGGUCACACUUUCAAUAUCUGGUACCUCCAAUGGGCCGGUGGAGAUCGGUCUUCCAAUGUUACUCAGCGACUGAAGACUCGAGUCAAGAUCCUGGAAGACUCCGGAUACACCAGGGCCAAGGAUGGGAAACUGCCCCUCUGUUUGUUUUUCGCCCGUGGCUGCUGUUAUAAAGGAAAGUCCUGCCAAUUUUUGCAUAGACUACCGCUUCCAACAGAUCCAGCAAUACCAUCACAGGACUGUUUUGGCAGGGACAAAACAGCUGACUACAAGGAUAACAUGAGUGGUGUCGGGCUGUUCAACAAGGUCAACAAAACGCUCUAUGCUGCGGGUCUUCAUGUCAACGAUGAGAUCGAGGAAACUCUUGCCAACCAGUUCGGGGAGUUCGGGUCCAUAGAUAAGAUACGUGUUUUGAGGAGCAAAGCAUGUGCGUUUAUCUCCUUCAAAUACGAGCUGGAAGCUCAGUUUGCCAAGGAGGCCAUGGAUGGGCAGACUAUGGAUGGUAAUGAUACUUUGACAGUGAGGUGGGCCAACGACGAUCCAAAUCCAAACGCACAGCAACUGACGAAGCGCGGAGGAGCCCAAGAAGAAGAAAACUCAGCCCCUCCAAAGAAGAAGCCUCCCAAAGAGGAACCUGUUGCAUCUGAAAAGGAUGUUCUGGACGAGGAGGAGAUAGUGGAGGAGGAGCCUACUAGUUCUCGAAGGCUUCUAGGCACCGCAAGAUUGGCUGCACUUGGAAGCAUCCAAUGGAGCACCCAGCAUAAAGCCUGA